AUGGGGGGGCGGGGAGUGGAGGGGAGACAAGCGAAGGAUUUUUUUCUCACUUCAAUUAUAAAAUCAACAAAUUUAUUCCAAAAAACAUGCAAAAUCCUCUUUGAGGAAGACGUGGUUGCUGCAGUGCAGCUCUGUCCGCUGGCUCCUGACUCACCGGUGUUCGUUCUCCGGGAGAACAAGUGGGUCAGGAAGCCGCGCCGCAUACCGCAUACCGGGAAGACAGCCCUGGAACCAGAGGUGGUGAUUCACCGAAUUAGAAUCACGCUAACCAGCCGCCACGCCAAGUCCCUGGGGAAGGUGUGUGCUGACUUGAUCAGAGGCGCAAAGGAAAAGAAUCUCAAAGUGAAAGGGCCAGUCCAGAUGCCCACCAAGACUCUGGGAAUCACUACAAGGACGACCCCCUGUGGGGAGGGGUCUAAGACUUGGGAUUGGUUUCAGGUGAGGACCCACAAGCGGCUCACCGACUUGCACAGCCCUUCUGAGAUUGUCAAGCAGAUGACUUCCAUCAGCAGUGAGCCGGGAGUGGAGGUUGAAAUAACAUUGGUCAAUGCUGGCUUCAAAGAAAGAGGUUGGAAGUGUGCUUCCUCUUGA